GUCUCUGAAAACAGCUCACUUCUUCAAACAAACCGACAGAGAAAUAUGUCGAUAUCCACCCUGCGCGUUACCCUUAAUAAUGGCAAGACCAUGCCAUUGUUUGGACUUGGAACUUGGCAGAGUAAACCCGAAGAAGUGAAGACGGCCGUCCGGACCGCUCUUGAUGCUGGAUACCGCCUCAUUGAUACAGCCUACAACUACCUCAACGAGGAUGCAAUAGGCGAAGUCCUAGAGGAAACAUUCAAAGUUGGAAAAUUGAAAAGGGAAGAAUUGUUCAUCUGUACAAAGCUCGCCAAUAUCUACACCAGACCUUCGGAUGUUGCACAUUCUAUGUCCGAGAGCCUGCGAAAACUCAAGCUGUCUUAUGUUGAUCUAUACCUAAUACACGCUCCUAUGGUAUUGAGGGUUCCAGAUGACCCAAACAAUGUAUUUCCCAUAAAAGAUGGCCGACUUGACGCUGAAGACAGAGUGGACUUUGAGGGUGUUUGGAAGGAAAUGGAAAAGCUCGUCGACCAAGGAAAGACCAAAAGUAUUGGCAUAUCAAAUCUGAACGCCGCACAGCUGGAGCGAAUUCGUAAGGUCGCACGCAUAAUGCCAGUGACGAACCAGGUCGAGUGCCAUGCCUACUUCCCCCAGACAAAACUUGAGGAGUACAUGAAAAAGUACAACAUGCCGUUAAUGGCGUACAGUCCUAUUGGAUCCCCUGGAAGGGCAUCGGCAGCAUUUGUUACAGACAAGUCAGACGUUCCUGUGUUGUUGAACGAUCCUGUUAUUGUGAAACUGGCCACGAAGUACAAUAAGACCCCUGCUCAGGUCCUUUUACGGAAUUCACUUCAGAGGAAUAUCAUAGUCAUUCCAAAAAGUGUAACACCAAGCAGAAUUCAACAGAAUGGAAACGUGUUCGAUUUUAAACUUUCACCAGAGGAUAUGGCCGCUAUUGCAGGAAUUGACAAAGGAAUAAGGAUGUUUAAAACCGAAGCCAUGGCAGCCCUUUAUGACUAUCCAUUCAACAGUCCUGUGUAGAGAUAUGUUGGUCUCUCAACAGUCUUUUGAAGAGAAGUUUUGGUUUCUCAACAGUCUUGUAUUAUAGAGAUUUUGGUUUCUCAGCAGUCCUGUGUAGAAAGACUUUGGCUUCUCAGGAGUCUUGUGUGAAAGGAUUUCAGUUUCACAACUCAAGAUGUGGCUUGACACAGAGCUUUCGAAACAAUUAAACUAUCACUACAGCUGA